AUGCUUUAGUUCUUAAUCAAAUAAAAAAUAUUAGAAUCACUAAUCUACUUAGCUUUUAAUACAUCAUCCUUGUAAUUUUUUAAUAGAAUCUCUUCUUUAUUUUGUUAUUUUGUUUAAACAAAUAAUAAAUUAUAACACAAUUUUCUUUUAGGUAGGAAAGUUCAAUAAGAUUCUACAAUCUUCCUUUAAGUCUUAUUUAAAAAUGAAGAAAAAAUAAUGAAAAAAGCUCCUGCUUUAUUCGAUUUUGAUAUUUUAAAUAAAAUUGAAACUGAAAAUGUUAAGAAUUUUUCAAAGUGCCAACUAAAGUAAUGGUUAAGUUAGGAGUCUGUAUUACUUCAAAAGAUUACUAAAAUGUAGAAAUCGUCAAAAAUCAUUUACAUUAUAAUAAAUAUUAUGGGAUUAACUAUUUUAAUUUUUUUUGGACUCAUUUUGUUUUUGGCUCUGAUUGGAAUAAUUCUGAAAAAAUUCUUCUUUAAUAAAAAAACUCAAGUUCAAAUUAAAAGUCAAGAAGCAAUUUAAAAUAAUUAGCAUAUCAAUUUGGGUGAUUAAGAAGCAAUACCAGACUCUCACUAAUCUCAAAUACAUAAACAAUAAAGUUAAGUUAAAACAUAGAAAUAAUCCAAUACUCCAAAUAGAAAGAACAAACAAAAAAAAGAAAAAUAUUUGAUCGAUGAAAUUGCAUUUUAGUUUAAUGAUGACAGUGAUAACGAAAAUGAUAAAAAUUCAUCAGGAGCUGACUAACAGCAGUCCAUUAAUAUGAGAGAGUAAGCAGGAUUUAAUUUUUAAUAAUCUGAGCAUAAUUUAGAGGAGUUAGUAACACCAACUUAAGUCAAUAGUUAAGAAAUUUGA